AUGCUCUUUGGUUCGGCAGGCAACGCCAACGCCGACAGGCGAAAGAGGAUAAAGGAACUUCACUACGAUUCUGUUAUGCAAUAUCUGCAGCCACCAGGUCCACAGCGCAUCGAUGACCUGUAUGUUGAUAACCUCAGUCCGACAGGCCUAACGUACAUGUGCGUUGAUCAGGGCCUUGGGAACUGUCAUAAGGACGUGCUUGCCGCUGCAUACCAGACCGGAGAUGGCCGUGCCACGGGACAUAUGAUGGUCUUGUGUAGCUCUAUAUUCGAGGUAUUUCCCUAUGAAAAGAUGGUUCAGGAUUGGAGGGAUACGGCGACCCUCAGUUUCUCGGCGGGAUUUACGCUUUUGCAUGAGGCGCAACACCUGAGCACCAUCGUCAGCGAUUCGGAACGAUGCAUCGACGUUGAAAACCCGGAAGCAAAACAAGACGAAGAAGGCGAAGAAGAAGGCGAAGAAGAAGGCGAAGAAGAAGACGAAGAAGACGACAACGGUUGUUAUGACGAGGAUUGGUAA